GAUAAAUUUUGUUCCAGUUUGGAUCAAUUCUGGCUCACGGUGAAAUAAAAAUUAACUGUAAAUUAUGAAUGUUCCACGAAUUGUGAUGCAAUAAUUUGAAAAUGUUGACCUCUAAGAUAAGUAAGGUGGGAAAAGUGAUUAUUUGUGGAGCUAAAGGCGUUGGAAAGACAACAAUCUUGGAACAGUUAAUCUAUGGCAAUAUUACUAUUGAAUCGGAGAUACACAGCACGAUUGAAGACACUUAUGUUGCUAGUGUUGAUACCGGAAAAGGAAGUCGGGAUACAUUGAGGAUUUAUGACACCGCUGGACUACAAGGAAGUGUUCAACUUCCGAGACAUUAUCUCAAUUAUCCUGACGCAUUUAUUCUUGUGUACGAUCCAAGUGACCCCUCCAGUCUUGAUAUGCUCGCUGGAAUCAAAAGUGAUAUUGAUAAGUUCAAGGAUAAAAAAGAAAUUUUUGUGAUUGUGAUAGCAAACAUGCGUUCCAGACAAACUCGCUCUAACAGCUCAUCUCCAAUCAAUACCUCCUAUUUGCAGCAGCAGAUCACCACCGAAGCAAUCGAAUCAAACCUAACGAGAGCCAACAAUUGGUGUGCCCGCGAACGAAUCAAACACUAUACUGUGAAUGCGAUGGAAAGAGCUUCUCUUUAUGAGCCCUUCGUUCAGCUUGCCAGUCGACUCUAUCCGGCUAACAGCAAAAGUAGUUUCCCGCAACUACGUCAAUUGACGCAGAAAACAUCCAAAGUUGACAAUAAUUAGGAUAUAGCGUAUACUUCUGAAUGUCAUGAACCAAAUAUUUGCAAGCAUUUUUCUUGCAAAAAGAGGUGUUUUUUAUUUUUUAAGUUCGAUUCAAGAAGGUGCAUUCGAUACACGGUAUCAUGAUCGAUAUCGAUGCAAUUUACUACAUAUUUAAGCUCAAUGAUCAAUCCAUGUUUUGACAUUUGUUUGAUUUACUAUUCAAUCAGGAAUCUAGACUGCACCUUUUUAUAGUACUUAUCAUUUAUAUUUAUUUUACGUUGUAUACGUAUUCACCCAGUUCAUGGUUUCACGCCUUUUUAGUCAUCUGCUUCAGAUAUUUGAAACUUCGUAUCUCCUUAUUGUACUUAUAAGUUGUAAUAUAAAAUAUAUAGUUUGAAUGCAGUGUUCAUACAAUGA